UAUGAAAAAUUUAUACAUUGUUGCCUUGUUAAGUAUUUCACUUCUUUCAUUAUAAUUGUACAAUACAGAAUAAUUGACAGAUGAAUACUCUAAAUGGAAAUAACAUCAUCAAAAAUUAUAUUAAGGAGUUGAGGACACUUAUAGAAAAUAAAUAUUCCACCAGAAUUUAUAAAUUGUCAAUGAACACAAUGCUAGAUUUAAUUAAGGAUUAGAAAACUUUGAAAUUGAAGCCAACUAAUUUGCUGACUUAACAUUUGAUGAAUUCUCAUCACUUUAUUUAUAUUCUUCAUAUCCAGAUUAGGAAUAUAUAAAUAACAAAUAUUAGAAAACAACAUAGAAAUAAAAUAAAUCAAUUAAGGCUGAUAUACUUGAUCAUUAUGAUUGGUCAACAACAAUAUAGGAUUAUUCUUAACCAUACAAUCAAGGAAAAUGUCUAGGAUCUUGGGCUUUUGCUGUGGCUGGAUCUAUAGAAUCUGCCUUAUAUCUUGGAACCUAUGAAUAAAUAUCUCCUUAAUAUUUGAUAAAUUGUGUUCCUUAGACUAAUCCUUGUUUAGAAGGAAGUGUAAAGAAUACUUGGGAUUGGGUUACUGAUAAUUAAAAUUAUCUAGAUUUAGAAGUAAAUGUUGUUUAUACUGGAACAAAAGGAGCUUGUAUUCCAUCUAUGGAUAAUAUCUAGGUACUAAAUGGAUAUGAGAUGCUAAAUAAAGAUUAAUUUGUUUAAGACUCAGAUUAUUAUUAAGCAUUAUAAGAACAUAUUGUUGUGUAAAUUAUAUAUUUAUCAUAAGUUCUCCACUUUCAGUUUCCAGCAUUUAUUUCCAAUUAUAUAAAAAGGGUGUUUAUGACAAACCUUGUGGAGACAAUUUAAAUUAUGAUGCUUUGGUUGUAGGAUAUGAUGCUAGAACAGAUUAAGGCUCAUUGCCCUUUUAUAAAUUGAAGAUGUCUUGGAGUCCUAAUUAUGGAGAGUAAGGAUAUGUUAGAAUAGCCAUGGCAAACAAAUGUAUUUAUGAGAAAUAAUCAUAUGCAAACAAAGCUUGAAA